GCCAGCAGAGGGCGCGCGCCCUCCACUCGGCGCUCCGCAGCCCCGCGAGUUCCCACAGGGCCUCGCGCGCCAUGGGCUGUGCGAAGAGCAAAGAGACGUGUUGGGCUGCCCGGCGGCAGCAGGAGGCCGUGGGCCCGAGCUGCAGGGCCCACCGUUCCUCAGCUAAGGAUCAUCUCCGUCGUCAAACUUUGCCAGAAAACCCAGCCACUGGUGUGAGUGGCCCUUCAGGAUCCACCAGCGUAGCCACGGCAGACCCCCAGGCCCGGCUGCAGGCCUGCAUAGACAGCCACCCUGUGGUCGUCUACAGUAAGUCCGCGCGCCAGCGCUGUGCUGAGAAUGAAGCUGAGAAUUGA